CGAACUAGGGUGUUUUACGCCUUUCGGAGUGAUGUUGAGUUUUUAGAGAAUUUUUAUUAGAACCAAGCGUGCACUCUUAAUUAUACUCAUCUUCACGACACCUUAAUAUAUAUAUAUAUAUAUAUAUAAGCGAAAUUAUUUUCGCGAGCAGAGUUUAUUCGUUGCUGCGUGUCGAUCGAGUUCCACGUCGAUGGUGAAAUACCUGACGAUACGACUUUAACAAACUUUUCCGUAUAGGUGUAAGUUUCCGAUCCCUUUGACUUGUCCCGACGUUAUUAAUAUAACGUCAACCGCGAGCUCAUUCUAGCAUAUCCACGCAUUAUAUUAUAUUAUCUUAUCCGGUGACGCGUCUCGUAAUUACGGCUAGCUCAUAAAGUCGCGCUCAUCGUGCCGGCAGUGCUAGAAUUAGUGCCAGGUGUGUACCACACAUCGUUAGAGGAUCGCCAACUUUCUAUUGUUUUCUCUCUUUCUCUUUCUGAAGCGGUGAGCCAGUCGUUUCAGUCAGUCUAUAUUCGCAGUCAUUCGUAGUGCAUCCGACGAGAUUUCGACAUGGGUAUCGAGGACACCGAAUACAAGAUGUCGGAGAAGAAUCCUGAGAUGAGGGAAACCGCUGCAAGAAUCUGUCGAGAUUACUUGCACGGUGUAUGGAAGCACAUUACAGCGGAAAAUAUCGUCCUCAAACGCGUUAGUGGUGGUUUAAGUAAUUGGCUGUACAACGUCCAGCUUCCUGAAGGAACGGUUCCGAUUAGGGGAGAACCUCGUCAAGUUUUGCUACGUCUUUAUGGGCAGGUGCAUGGAGAAAGAGCCUUAGAAGGACUCAUCACAGAAUCCGUCAUCUUCACCUUGUUAUCCGAAAGGAAACUGGGUCCCAAGCUGCACGGAGUGUUUCCUGGUGGCCGUAUAGAGGAAUACAUCCCAGCUCGACCUUUGAUUACGAAGGAACUGUCGGAUUCAAUCUUGAGUCUACUGAUCGCGGAAAAGAUGGGACAGACACAUACGAUGCAGAUACCAAUUAGCAAAGAGCCCACCUGGAUAUGGGACACAAUGAAUAAUUGGCUCAACACGACGACAGACAUUCUCGAGAACAUUGACAACGAGGACAUUGAUACUCAGCAACUGGAGAAUAUUAGCACGAUAAAAUGUAUCAAUUUUGAGCACGAAAUCAAUUGGCUCAAAACAUUUGUAACGCAGCAAAAAUAUCCGGUUACAUUCUGUCACAAUGACAUGCAAGAGGGAAAUAUACUCCUGCUCCAAAAUACGCGAAAGCCCAAGUUAGUACUCAUUGACUUCGAAUAUUGUUCCUACAACUACCGAGGAUUUGAUAUCGCCAAUCAUUUCGCCGAAUGGCAAUACGACUAUACAGCGCAAGAAUAUCCUUUCUUUCACGAACGUCCGGCUGCUGGUCCCACGAAGGAGCAAAAGCUCAACUUCAUAAGAGCCUACCUAAGAACAUUGGGCAAAGAAGGAUCUCUGGAAGAAGAGCGCAUCAUGACGGAAGUAAGGAUAUUCUUGUUAGCUAGUCACUUAUUUUGGGGUCUCUGGAGCAUCGUAAACGCGAAACUUUCACAGAUUCCAUUCGGCUACUGGGAUUAUGCUGCCUCCAGAUUGAAGAACUACGUAUAUCUGAAAGAGAAGUUUCUCAUGUCUGGAUUACCAGGCUCGGAUAACAUCUUAAAGAGAAAAUCUAUGGAUAUAGACUGAAAGAGCAAGAUUGAAUAAGGGAGACGAUACACAUCCGCAAAUUUAUAUAACAUUUUGCUACAUAGGUAGCUCGCUUCGUUCAAUCCAUCGAUCCUAACUGAUGGUAUUAAUUUUGACGAGCAGCGAAUAACUCUUAAUUUUGAGAGAGAGAGAGAGAGAGGGAGGGAGGGAGUGUGCGCGCGUGUGUAAAGUCAUUAUUUCAUACAUCACGAAAUAAUGCAACCCGCUGCCCCUCGCUAACCUCAAUGCAAUAUGUGCAUUGCAUGUAUACAAUACACAAUGUGAGCAAGGAGAAAAAAUCGAGAGUGAAAAAAGUCAAUCAUGUGAUAUAGAAUAAGCGUAUACUUAAACGUAUGGAUCUUCGUUUGGUACUUUUAACUGUGCGUCCACAAUUAAUUUUUGAAACUAAAAAUGUACUUAAUUUUUUUAAUUAAAAAGAUAAACGAUGAUAUUGGCAAUUUUUAAAAACAAAUUCUUUCUUAAUAAGGAUCGAAGUUGACGAAAAUCUGAAAAAGCUUCCGAGUGUACAGAAUCAUGUGCUCAAAUUGUGGAAAAAGUUUGUAAGGCAUACAUUCAAUCACUUUUUAGCUUUUAUAUAUUUAUUAUAAGAAUAUGCAAGAUUGUUGCCAAUCCCCAAUUCAUUGCUUGAUCGUUUACUCGUUACAUGUAAUACGUAUAAGACAAUUGUAAAUAGGACUAGUAAUAUAUUUGCUAUAUGCUAUUUUUACUUAAAAUUGUACAAGUCAUAUAUUGUAUUUAAGUAUAGGUACUUAAUAUUAUACAAAAGAGGACAGCAUUAGCACUCAUUACCGAUAUUUACCAACAUAAAACGCACUGAUAAUUAAAACGAUGUAUUUUCACCAAUUUCCAAAUAAAACAUUUACUUCUUGUUUC